CGAACCGAAGCCUGCCUUAACCUUCCCUCCUACAACCUCUUUUUUUUCUCGUUCGAUUUCCCAUGUGCGACAACGCCACUCAAAAAGCCCAGCCUCGUGCCGGAGAUCCAGAAUAGAAUAGAUUUCCUUGGGCAUUGCCUUACUCCACUCGGCUCUGAACUCUCUACCGCUCAAAUACGUGCUUCUAACUGGCAAGAGGGGUAGUAGGGCAUGUCGUCAAGUGAUAUCCUACUUGAGAACCAUCUUCGUCACACGCGAUAUAUCUCAGAACUGCUUGAGCGCAAGAUGGUAUGCUUGGUGGUCUCGUUAGGCCGCACUGUUACGCGAUUGCUAAAUGGUGCCCAAACAGACUUCAUCCGCGUCAACGACGAAAUCGAUGAAGCAUGCCUUUACGAGACAUGUCGAGGAAGUGAAGACUCCUAAGAGUGAUAUCAACGCUUUAAUCCUCGACUAUUUGACCGUAGCUGGCUACCCAAAUGCUGCUGCCAAAUUCUCUACCGAGGCGAAUCUAUCUCCUCAACAACCCUCGACCGCUAUUCAUGCUAGACAGCAGAUCCAGACCUUCAUACACAAGGGCGAAAUUGAGAGCGCUAUCCAUGCUCUCAACGAUCUUGACCCCUCUAUUUUAGAUGAAGACGAGCCCCUUCAUUUUGCGCUUCUUCGCCUUCAGCUAGUGGAACUAAUCCGAAAGUCUCGCCCUGGUGGUGACAUUGGACCUGCUUUGGAAUUCGCACAGACACAGCUGGGACCUAAAGCUCCGCGCACUCCGCAAUUCCUAGAAGACUUGGAGAAGACAAUGUCUCUUCUUGUGUUCGACCAUGACAAUCUAGAUCCCUCCCUAGCAGCGCUUCUCCAGCCAGGUCUUCGACGAGAAGUUGCUGAUAAGGUCAACAAGGCAAUCUUAUACCGUCAGCUACAGCGUAGGGAGGCUGCUAUUCGUCAUUUGGUACAGAUGCGAGCCUGGAGUGAGGAGGUUGUCCGUAAAGAGGGCAAGAAGGAACUUCCAGGAAGGAUUGACCUGGGCCUAGAUGGUGAUGAUUCUGGUGGGGUAGAGAAUGGCCAUGAGCCUAUGAUCACGACCUAGUGACUCGCUGGUCAGGCUUUCCCCGGCAGUCUUAAUGAUUUUUGUCGGGCAUUGUCCAUAUUCGGCCCGGAGCUGGAAGGAGGAAGCUGCGACAUAUGGUGGUGACGUGUUAUCGAAGGUCAGGCAGGCGUUACGAAUUAGGAAAUAUUCAGAGAUGGGCUCCCAACAAUUAAGAGGCGUUUUGGGUUCAAGGCUGGCAGAGGUCCAUGCCAUGCACAUACGGAAAGAGUUUUAUGAUCACUCAGGGCAUGAUUCACAUCAGGGGUUUUAUGGGAACAAUGUGCGGCGGCCAAUCACGGGAACCAGGACCACUUAGCAAGGCGUACUACACUCGGGUGUGUUGAAGAUACCAUUGUCUAGCAUAUUUACAAAACCAUAU